ACACCGCUGUUGCGCUCUUUCCCUCUCUGUGAGGUUGUCGUAUGUUCCAAUACAAUAGUCGCCUACUCGGCUACGCCACUUGCAUACGCUAUGAACGUUGGCUGGAUCUGAGAAUGUUGAUGGGAAAAACGUUCUAAUUACAUUUUGGAGAAUACUAGGGCGACUCGACACUAUUUCAAGGUAGUCAACGGUGUACUGUUCUCACACGCGUAACACGAUGGAUCUCUCAUUUAUGGCUGCGCAGUCUGUCAUGGCGGGGGCCUUCAUGGACUCGUCACCCAACGAUGACUACAGCACGGACCACUCCCUCUUCAACUCCUCAGCCAGCGUCCAUGCCGCCUCCAUGGCAGCCCAUGACCAGCCGGAGAGGGAGCCCAUGUCCCGCGACGCCAUCUGGCUUUGGAUUGCCAUCACCGCCACCAUUGGGAACAUUGUGGUCGUGGGAGUGGUGUACGCCUUCACUUUCUGAGUGGUGGGAGCCAUGAUAAAGUGUUGCCAGCAGGAGGAAGUUGCUGCACAAGAUAUUUGAACAUAAGCUCAGAAACUUGGGAGUGACCUAAGCUCAGAACUCCACAGCAGCCAAUAACCACUCUGAAAGGCAACGCUGAUACAGAGGAGUGAAUGAUUAUUGCAUUGACAUCUUGUCCAUGCUUUUGAAAGACAAGGGACAAAUACAGAAUUGAGUAUGUGUAUUAUGUUGCUCAUUUUACUGCAGCCAAAGGUAAAAAUAUGAAAUAUUGUGUGCAUAAGUUCUGUUGAUUUUACGUAAACAUUAUAACAUUUCUGAUGAAGCUUUAAAUAUUGAACGGACUCUAGAAAAUAGUAUACAGUGAUGUAUAGUCUACUCUGAAUAACCUCUGAGCUAAUUGGUCAAUUCUGAAAUCACCUAAAGGAUGUACAAUAUUCCUACACUGAAAAUCAAAACCUUUGUAACGUGCCAAUCGGAGCAUUUGGAGAUCAUUGUAUGGAAAGUAACACUGAUAUGUUUUUAUCUUCAAAGCAUUACUCCACAGAAGUUACUGUAUUCUAAAGACAUCUGCACAAAGCUAGGAGUUUGACAAACAUUCUAGAAACAGAAUGCCUAAUGAUCUUGGAUUUAUUUACUGACUCCAUGAAAAUAUAGUUCACCUGACACUAUCGGUUUUGGAUCAAGUAAAUCUAGUUCUCCCCUUUUCUUCCUAAGUGAGCCUUGAGUGCUGAAUAGACAAUCCUUUCCGAGCAAAUUCAUAUAUCAAAGAAAGUAAGGGUACACUAAAUCUAUUUCCCUUAAACACCCCUAUCAGACCUCAAAUCCAUAUGAACGGGAUGUACGAUUUAUAGAAAUUGAUGUUCACCGUGACCGCUUGUUAUUUUUGUUUCCAUUCUGUUUAGCAAUCCACUUUUCACAGAUAUUUACAUGUGGAAACCAGAUUCAUCGCUCUUAGAACUCACUUGGAUCCAAGCCUCUUGAUGUGACUGCUGUAACCAUAACCAUUUUUAUGUCGGUCUGAAUGUAUAUUUGGAUCUAAGAUUAUUUUUCUUCCUCUUUACAGUCGCUCAACACAUUGUAACCCAAACUGCAUUCCAAGCCAAAUACUCAACAAAAGUAUAAACGCAACAUGUAAAGUGUUGGUCCCAUGUUUCAUUUGCUGAAAUAAAAGAUUCCAGAAAUGUUCCAUAUA